GGGGCGGGGCCCUGCGCGAGCACACCCGCCAGACGGCCGGAGAUGUCCGGCGACCUGAGCCUGUUCGUGACCAUGGUCACGAGCGCGGGCUCGCACAUCAAGUUCUACGCCCAGCUGAACACGGAGAAGUUCUCGGCGCUGGGCAGCAUGAUCGACUCCAUGCGGCUGCACUUCGAGCAGAACACGGCCAGCUCGCCGUACGAGCUGCAGCAGGGUGAGGUGGUGUUCGUGAAGUCGGCCUCGGGCGGCGCCGCCAAGUGGCACCGGGCGCGCGUGCUCGGCAUCCAGAGCGUCGACCUGGGCACCGUCAGCGUCGAGUACAUCGACUUCGGCACGACGGAGGUGGCCCGCUGCUCACAGAUCUGCCCGGGCCGGAGUCCGGCCGCCGUCGCCGUGGUCUCGCAGCCGCCGCUGGCCUUCGCCUGCCUGGUGGCCGAGGUGCUGCCGGCGCUCGGUGCCUGGACGGACGCCGCCAUCAGCUACGUGGAGUCCAAGCUGCGCUUCCAGCUGGUGCAGGGCCAGCUGCUGCGCCAGGACGUGGACGGCGCGCUGCACGUGCGCGUCUUCACCGGCGACGGAUCGACCCUGGCCUCGCAGCUGGUGGCGCUGGGGCUCGGCCGGCUGGCGCCGCCCCACCAGCUGGUGGCGGCCAGCCCGCCGCCGCCGCCGCACCAGACCCAGUUUGUGACGCGCGUCAAGCAGAUGGUGUCGGUGCCGCCGGCGCCCGGCUCCGAGACGCUGGUCACCAUCUGCCACUACAGCAACGGACCGGCCAAGUUCGCCGUGCAGUGCCACGACCAGAAGCCGGCCCUCGAGCAGCUGAUGGCCGACAUUCAGACGUACUGUCGGUCGAGCGCGCCGCAGUCGUUGCCGGCCGUCGAACCGGGCGCCGUCUGCCUCGGCUCCUCGGCCAGUCGCGACGGUCGCUUCCUGCGCGGCGUCAUCACACAAGCCGACGGCAACACUGUUAAGGUCUACUGGGCCGACUACGGCAACGACGAGACGAAGGUGCUGUCCGAGCUGCGCGCCAUGCCCGCGCAGUUCGCCCAGCUGCGGAUCCAGGCCAGCCGCGUGGCGCUGGCUGGCCUGUCGACGCUGGUGCCCGUGCAGGGCCAGCAGCACGUGUUCCGCCAGAUCAGCGAGGGAAGCGUGCUGACGUGCCGCUUCAGCCGCGCCCGCGAGCAGCCGGCCCAGGUGGAGCUGCUGGACAUGCAGGUGAGCAUGCUAGACCUGUUGGUGCGCUGGGGCGCCUACGAGCGACGUGCGAAGGACGCCGGCUACCAGCGCGUGCGGAUCGUGAGCGUGGGGCGGCGCGACAUGAAGGUGCUGUACGUGGACCUGGGCACCUCGGAGAUCAUCCCGACCACGGCCGCGUUCUGCCUGGAGCCGCGACUGGCUGCCCAUCCGGCGCAGGCGGUGCACUGCUGCCUGAGCGGCCUGGAGGUGUCGCACGGCACGCCCGAGCUGGUGCUGGACCAGCUGGGCGACAAGCGCAUCGUGCGCCUCUCGGACCUGACGCGGCAGCCGCCGCUGGACGUGGAGGUGGAGCUGGGGCGCAGCGUGACCGUGGUCAGCAGCGCGGCCGACCAGGUCACCGUUCAGUACAUCGACUACGGCGACACCGAGACCAAGUCUGCCGCUGAAGUGUUCCCGCUGCGAACGGAGUUCACGCAGCUGCCCCAGCUCGGCAUCUUCUGCUCGCUGGCGGGCGCGGAGGCGGCCGUGCGCGUCUCUCCGCAGAAGCUGCCCGUCGGCGUGUUCAAGGAGGUGGAGGUGGUGCACGUGGUGUCGCCGGCCGAGUUCUACGUGCGGCUGCGCGAGUCGGUGACUGUGUUCCUGCUGGACCGGGGCGACACGGUGACGGUGCCGCUGUCGUCGGUGGCCCAGUUCCGUCGCGGUGCGCUGGAGCGUCGCUUCCUGGCGCGCGCGGAGGAGGCCGAGCCGGUGACGCCUGGCGUGGCUCCGCCGCGCGCCGGCGACGCCAACAACAACGCCAUCAGGAGGGUGUCCCCGCCGCGCGCUGACCAGGACAUGAACUGGCGUAACAAGCCGGCCCCGCCCGUCACUACCUCGGAAUCGACGAAUUGGCGGGCGGCGGACCCACGACCAGGCGGAGGGUUCCGCGUGGAGCGACGCACCCCCGCCGGCCGCGGCCCCCCAGCCGAGCCUCAGGCGCAGGCACAGGCGCAGACCCAGACCCAGACCCAGACCCAGACCCAGACACAGGCACAGACACAGACACAGACCCGGACCCAGCCCGAGACCCAGAUCCGCACCCAGACUCAGCCCGAGACCCAAAUGCAGACCCAGACCCGGAUCCAGCCGCCGCGGGAGCCUGAGUCGGUGUCUGGGCCGGAUUCGGACCGCUUCGCCGGUAAGAUGCGCAUGGACGAUCCUGCCGAGUACGCGCGGCGGCCGGCGGCGCGCGCGGACGGCAGCCGCAGCCGCCCGACUGGCCGCCGGCCCUCGGGCGGAACAGCCGGCCGCGCCGCCGCCGCGCCCGCUGCUGACGACGACUGGGACGACGCCGGCAAAACCUCCGCCGCCAAACUCUCCGCCGCCGACGACUGGGACAACGCCGCCGAGCCCUCCGUCGCCAGGCCGGCCGCCGCCGCCGCGCUGGAGAUCCCGGCGCACGCGAGCAAGAUCGAGCGACGCCCGCUGGCGGUGGGCGAGACGGUGGUGGCGACGCCCACCUGGGUGGCCGGCCAGCUGCGCCUGCUGUUCGUCGACUAUGGCAACGCCGAGCUGGUGCCGCGCGACCAGGUCAAGCGACUGCGCUGCCGCUUUGGCGGCGUAGAGCCGGUCGGAGGUCAGUGGAAGGUUCUGGACGAGGCGCAGCUCGCCAAGUACUUCAGCUGCGACAUGGAGAGUGGUGACUGGCACCCGCCUCCGUGCCCGGUAGCCGCCGGGCCGUUCCCUCCGCUGCGCGCCGAGUUCCGUCGCGGCGACCGGCUGGACGUGUUCGUCUCGUACAUCGCCGGCCCCGACCGGCUGUUCGCCGUCGGCUGCGCCUGCCUCGCGCCGUUCGAGGACACCCUCUACCGCGGCCUGGUGGCCGCCGUCGACCCAGCCGGCGUCACCGUCCACUUCGUCGACUAUGGCAACACCGAGCGGCUGUCGGCGACCGAGCUGCUGGAGUGUCCGGAGGAGCUGCGGAACCUGCCGGCGAGGGCGCUCGUUUGA